UUCGUAGCUGGAAUUAAUUCGUCGUCACUUGCUUUUUUCGACUUGCACUGUACACCACGGGAAGUAAAAGUUAGACAAUAAUGGCCAGCCAAACGCAGGGAAUCCAGCAGUUGCUCGCUGCUGAGAAGAAGGCCGCCGAGAAGGUCGCCGAGGCCCGUAAACGCAAGGCAAGGAGAUUGAAGCAGGCCAAGGAUGAGGCCACCGAGGAGAUCGAGAAGUUCCGUCAGGAGCGCGAGCGCGCCUUCAAGGAAUUCGAGGCCAAGCAUAUGGGAAGCCGCGAGGGGGUGGCAGCCAAGAUCGAUGCGGACACCCGCGUGAAGCUGGCAGACAUGGAGCGGGCCAUCCAGACCCGCAAGGAACCCGUGAUCCAGGAGAUCCUGCAGUACGUGUACAACAUCUCGCCCGAGGUCCACAAGAAUUACAAUCACAAGUAGAGAGGCAGUGGCGUCGAGAGUGUGCCCUCCAAAUUCGAUGUCCAUGCAUAAUUUAGCCCCGUAAUAAUAGUGGUUACUUUACUGAAACACUGCUGUAUUAUUAUUCCAUACAUUAAAGUGAAAAUGCGUUGUUGUUCCAUAUAAAAAUAGCGAGAAUAGCAGAGUUUGUCUCCCCUUCAUCCCAA